GUAAGAAGAAGUCCACAAUGUCUGCCAUUUUCAACUUCCAGAGCCUACUGACUGUGAUUCUUCUGCUCAUCUGCACCUGUGCUUACAUCCGAGCCCUGGCCCCGAGUCUGCUCGACAAGAACAAGACUGGAGUUUUGGGGAUUUUCUGGAAAUGUGCAAGAAUAGGGGAGCGGAAGAGCCCGUAUGUGGCUUGCUGCUGUAUCAUCAUGGCCUUCAGUAUCCUGUUUGCACAGUAGCGCAGCGGAGCACAGCUCAGGAGGACAGCGUGGGCCAAGAAGGACAGGCGACUUCAACACAGAGACUGCAAAUGUAAAGCAUCACCAUUACGAACACUUCCAGUCGAGUCCCUCUCACCAGAGGCCAGGUUAUAGCUGGAAUCAUUGAUGGGGCAUUGUGGGUAUUCACUGGACCACAGCUACGUGGCGUACCCCGUGUCUUGUGCAGCAGUGGGUCCCCUGAACCAUAGGGUUUAACAUAUCUGUUUUUUGUGUCAGUUCAGGUUUCCACCUCGUUUUUCAGCAACCACUCCGUCAAUUAAGUGUGUGUUUACGUGAGGUGCGGCCCGCCUCAGACAUGCGAUAUGUGUGAUGUCACUUUUUAAUGUCGUACUUCGAGAAUGAGUCCUGUCCCAGAGUCUAAUCCCAGAAUGCAUUGCUCACUCAUCCAUGCACUAUACCCCAGAGCAUUAGUCAAGGUGUGCCAAUCAGUCAUUUUAUCAGGAGCACAUGUAAAGCCUGCAUUUAUCACCCCCGUGAUGAUGCUCACUUGUUUGUUUUCUUAAAUUCUCCUUUAUUAAAAACAUGGAGUCAUUUCAAACACCAUUCCAACAAAAGCACUGGACAGGAAUUCCAGAGAAUCUUAAGUCAGCUGUUACCUGCAUAAGCAUAACUGUAUUUACAAAAGUUGAUUGUAAUUGACUUUUAAUUUGCAAACCUCAGAAGGGCCAAUUGUCAUCAGAAGAGCGAUAUGUUGACAUUCAAGAGCUUUGUGCUUUAACUUAAAACUGAACUUUCUUUGAGUAUAACCAUAUUUUUUGUAUCGUAACUUCAAAAAUUAUUUGUGUUGUCAAAUUAGACAUCUUUGAUAUUUGAUAUCUGAAAGGUUAUUUUCAAAGAGGUUCUGUUGUCACUGUACCAGACAACACCGCUUGGUGAGAACAGAAAGGAAAGUGAAUGUCUUUAGAAAAUUUUUGUUCCUCUGCACAAUGGGUGUUUUUUUAAAUGUUGUUUCAGCUGUAUUUAUUAAUAAAGGUCUUCGUU